CUCUCUUUCAUUUCUCUUGCUUCUUUCGAUUUAUUCUCAAUAAUUUUGUUCUCUUUUUUUUCUAUUCUUUUCCUCAUCUUUUUCUCUAUCACCAUCUCUUCAUAAUCAUCAUCAUCUUUAUUCAUCAAUUUCUCUUCUCUUUACAUCAACUAGUUUCUUUUUUCUUAUUCUUCUCUCUCUCUCUCUCUGUUAAUCAAAAUCGUAUGAUCCCGGCCCAUUAUCUGUAAAUAACUGGAGAGUUCUCAGGAGAUGCUGAAAUGGCUUCCGAUUUUGGCUUUAUUCGUCAAUUUAAGUAACAACCAAGUCUCUGGUAAUCCAUUAAAUCGAUCUGAAACACUUAAACCAACCUUCACUGCAGCUUCGCAAAUCAGUGGUGCACCCAACAGAGCUACCUCACCCUUUAGAAAUGAUAAUCGAUCUGUUAUUUAUGGGAUUCGAGCUUUGGGAGGCUCGUUUGAGGAGGGUACGCUUAGAAUUCCGGCCGAUAAACUGACUACGCUCAUUCUUUUUGGUCAACGAUUAGAAACGACCGAAGUUACUUUUACCAAAACUCCUAAAGGUCGAUCAGAAUGUGAUGCUCUUGAUCAUUCCGAGGUUUUCACUGCCAGUGAAAUUGAUGAUGGUGUUUACGAGCUUCAUGUCACUUUACCUCCAUAUUCGGGAAGUUACAUCUGUACUUUGGAUAAAGAUCGUCGAUCAUGGCAUCAUCAAGGAGAUGCAUCAUAUCUCCAAAUUGGUACCAAAGUUCCAAUGUUACCUGUCUGGGUUUCCAUUCUAUUGAUCUUUGUAUUACUUUCAUUUUCUGGACUUUUCUCUGGUUUAAAUCUUGGAUUAAUGUCUUUGGAUAAAAAUGAACUUCUGGUAAUCGCUCGUUGUGGUACGGAAGAAGAGAAACGAUAUGCAAGAGUUAUAGCUCCGAUUCGUAGUCGAGGUAAUUAUCUUCUCUGUUCUAUUCUUUUGGGUAAUGUGUUCGUCAAUUCAACCUUGACAAUUCUCAUGGAUGAUCUAACCUCCGGUCUGGUCGCCGUCAUCUCUUCAACCCUUGCUAUCGUCAUAUUUGGUGAAAUUGUGCCUCAAGCCGCUUGUUCUCGUCAUGGUCUAGCCGUAGGUGCCAAAACCAUUGGAGUUACCUAUUUUUUUAUGGGGCUUACAUUUCCUCUUUCAUAUCCAAUUUCAAAAAUUCUCGAUCUUUGUCUGGGCGAUGAGAUUGGUCAUGUUUACGACAGAGAGAGACUCAUGGAAUACAUUAAGGUUACCAAGACUUACAAUAAACUGGAAGAGGACGAGGUUAACAUUAUAUCCGGUGCUCUUUGUCUCAAAACUAAAACUGUUUGUGAAAUAAUGACCCGAUUAGAAGACGUUUUCAUGCUUCCCAUAACUGCGACCUUGGACUUUAAUACAGUCUCGGAAAUAUCUAAAAAAGGUUACUCUCGAAUUCCCGUUUACGAUUCGGAGCGUAAAAAUGUUUGCGCUCUUCUUCAUGCCAAAGAUUUAGCUUUUAUUGAUCCUGAUGAUAAUACACCUUUAAGAACCAUAAUUGAAUUUUAUAAACACCAGUUGAUUCACACUUAUGAAGAUGAAACUCUCAACAAUUUAUUAAAUCAUUUCCGCCUUGGAAAAAGUCAUAUGGCCUUUGUAAGAAAAAUAUUUGCUACCGAAGAUGCGGAUCCAUAUCAUGAGAUAACCGGUGUGGUUACUCUUGAAGAUGUAAUUGAGGAGAUCCUUCAGAUGGAAAUCGUUGAUGAAACCGAUAUAUUAAUUGACAAUAGGAAGAAACAACGUAGAAAGGGCGCUGAACAUCAAGAUUUUACCGAUUUCGCUCGAAUUGGUGCUGGACCAGGAACCCAACAUAUUUCAUCUCAAAUGGCUUUAGCUACUUUCCAAUAUCUGUCUACAGCUGUUGAACCUUUCAAGAGUAGACUAUUGAGUGAGACUGUUCUUCGUCGAUUGAUUGCUCAAAAAAUUUACUAUUUCGUUAAAAAUGUCGGAGACAAUGAUGCAAGAAGUUUACAAGAACGAACUAUUUAUGCGGCGGGACAACCUUGUAAUUACUUCGUAAUGAUCUUAGAGGGUAAAACAAAGGUGACCGUAGGAAGUGAGGCUCUAAUGUUUGAUGCUGGUCCAUUUACUUAUUUUGGAACAUCAGCUUUACGUUUAACUGGAAAUGAUAUUCGUAGUUCAACAACCACCGGAGGAGGAACUCGACCCCCAACUCCCGAAUCACCUGGUUUUGGUUCAACGGACAUUAAAAAGGCCAUUGAAGCAAACAGAUUACCCGUACAACCUGGAGCCGAUCCUGGAGUUACUUUCCGACCCGAUUUCUCGGUUGUCAUUGUUGAACCAACUCUUUACAUGAAAGUUCCUCGUAAUGUUUAUUGUGCAGCAUAUCGAGCAACUCUUCUCGAAUAUCAGAAGGGCUGCCCACCCGAUGAAGAGAAACUCCAGAGAGAAAUCGACAAGGCCUUUAUCGAUGACGAGAAAGAAGAAUCUCCCGAGACGGGAAGAAAAGACUAUCACAUUGCCGGUGAAAAAGAGAAACUAUUGAGCGAAGGUCAAUUCAAAACAAAUGGAAAUAGUCCUCAUUCAGAGCGUCGUCCCUCAAGCCCCCAAACGAAUCCACCUCCACCCGUUAAACGGAAAAACUCUCUCGCAGCAUUGGCGCGAUUACCCGCUCAAGCAGCGGCAGCUAUUUUCACCAACAACACAAAUAAAGCUCCAAGCUCUCCAUUGUCUAAUUAUCCACCCACCUUAAGCCUUUCAUCCAAGGUCACUCCGACUCCCGAUCGUAAACCAACACCACCAUCACAACCACCAGCCCAAGUGCAAAAAGCACCACCACCACAACCACUGCAACUACAACAAGAAGAACCACCCCCUUCACCGACAAAGUACAAUCCAAAUAACCGUCGAAACGGAUCCCCUAGUAAAGAAUCACCAAUCAGAGGAAGAUCUCCCUCACCCCCCAGUAGCCCGAAAGAGGAUUCAGCCCUUAUCUCAAAGCCAACAACGAAACCAAACUAAAUUAUCAUUAACCUACGAAAAGACGAAGAAAAUAAUUGAUCAUUAAUUAGUUUAUACAGAGACAUUUAAGAAGACAACAAAUCUAACCGCUUAUAUUAAUCAUCUAUUUAA